AUGAUCAAGAUCUACGAGGACGGCCUAUGCACGCCGACGAUUCUGAAGUGGAAAGAGGGCGAUGAGGUGCAAAUAUCGGACCCGAUCGGCGACUGGGACCUCUCGGAAUGGCUCGUCGCCGACGAUCUGCUCGUCUUGGCGGCCGGAAGUGGGUGGACGCCGAUGGUGGAGCUGCUGCGGCGAAAGCUCGAGCUCAACGACUCGGCCAAAAAAACCCGCUAUUUCGUCGUUUGUAAAAAUAUCACCCAUGUCCUUUCCCGCUCGACAGAUGAAUGGAAGGGCAUGAGGGGAAGAAUAUCGAAAGAAUUAUUCCAGGACCACGCCUCCCAAAAGUCGACUCAACGUGUAAUCGUCUGUGGCCCCGACGGCUUUAUUCAAUCGGCGCUAAGUAUACUAGCCGACCUCGACUACUCUGUCGACCAAGUGCACGUAUUCCAGGGC